AUGGACUACUACAAGGCCGAAUAUAUCUGGAUAGACGGAUCGGAGCCCACCUCGAGGCUGCGCUCUAAGGGCAAAGUGGUUCCGAUGGGAGAGGAGCCGCCGAUAUGGGGCUUCGACGGCUCGAGUACCAACCAGGCCCCAGGAGAGAACUCUGACUGUGUGUUGAGGCCGGUCUUCACAUGCCCGGACCCGAUUCGCGGAGGGGACAACGUUCUCGCGAUGUGCGAGGUGCUGCUGCCGGACAUGUCCGCUCAUCCGUCGAACACCAGGGCGGCAUGUGCGGAGGCGGCGGAGAAGUACGCCGACUUCGACACCUGGUUCGGGAAUGAGCAGGAGUACACCUUCUUCGACGGCAUCAAGCCGCUGGGAUGGCCGGACAACGGCUUCCCGGCGCCUCAGGGAGGGAUCAAUGGCGAGGUGAUGCCCGCCCAGUGGGAGUUCCAGCUGGGGCCCUUGGGGGCGCCGGAAGUGGCCGACCAGUUGUGGGUCGCCCGGUGGCUCCUGUACCGCAUCGGAGAGGAUAUCCCCAUAGGGGACGGGCGCAUAGGCAUCAGCGCGAAACUCGACCCCAAGCCGGUCCAGGGCGACUGGAACGGCGCGGGCGCACACGCCAACUUCUCGACCAGGCAGAUGCGAGAGGACUACGACGCAUGCGUGGCCGCCGCUGAAGCGCUCAAAGGCAACCACGAUGAGCAUAUCGCCAACUACGGCCAUCGAAUUGAGGAGCGCCUGACCGGCCUCCACGAGACCUGCUCAUACAGGGAGUUCAGGUACGGCGUGUCGGACAGGGGGGCGUCGGUCCGUAUCCCCUGGCAGGUACAUCGGGACGGCAAGGGGUACAUCGAGGACAGGCGACCCAACGCCAACUGCGACCCCUACAAGGUGACGGGACUGAUCCUGAACACAGUGUGCGGAGCAGCCUCCUAG